ACAAAAUCGUGAAAAUAUCUCUGAUUCUUGAUGAGCGAUCGCGGUCAGAGAAGAGGACGUCGACUAGAACAUCAAGAAGGUGUAGCUUUAGCUACUGAACAUAGACGACUACAGCAACAACAAAUAAAACAUCACAGAGAUGAGCAACAACAGCAACAUCCAGCGCAACGUGAUAAACGACGACAACCAGAACAAGGACAACAGCUGCAAACGUGCAAACGUUUCAAACAACAACAGAAAGAACAACGCGAUGAGAGAUUGCCUCGUUAUGAACAACGUGAUGAGAGAUUGUCUCGUUAUGAACAACGUGAUGACAGAUUGCCUCGUUAUGAACAACGUGAGGAGAGAUUGCCUCGUUAUGAACAACGUGAUGAGAGAUUGUCUCGUUAUGAUCAACGUGAGGAGAGAUUGCCUCGUUAUGAACAACGUGAUGAGAGAUUGUCUCGUUAUGAACAACGUGAGGAGAGAUUGCCUCGUUAUGAACAACGUGAUGAGAGAUUGUCUCGUUAUGAUCAACGUGAGGAGAGAUUGUCUCGUUAUGAUCAACGUGAUGAGAGAUUGUCUCGUUAUGAACAACGUGAGGAGAGAUUGUCUCGUUAUGAUCAACGUGAUGAGAUAUUGUCUCGUUAUGAUCAACGUGAGGAGAGAUUGUCUCGUUAUGAUCAACGUGAGGAGAGAUUGUCUCGUUAUGAACAACGUGAGGAGAGAUUGUCUCGUUAUGAACAACGUGAGGAGAGAUUGUCUCGUUAUGAUCAACGUGAGGAGAGAUUGUCUCGUUAUGAUCAACGUGAGGAGAGAUUGUCUCGUUAUGAUCAACGUGAUGAGAUAUUGUCUCGUUAUGAACAACGUGAGGAGAGAUUGUCUCGUUAUGAUCAACGUGACGAGAGAUUGUCUCGUUAUGAUCAACGUGAGGAGAGAUUGUCUCGUUAUGAUCAACGUGAGGAGAGAUUGUCUCGUUAUGAUCAACGUGACGAGAGAUUGUCUCGUUAUGAUCAACGUGAGGAGAGAUUGUCUCGUUAUGAACAACGUGAGGAGAGAUUGUCUCGUUAUGAUCAACGUGACGAGAGAUUGUCUCGUUAUGAUCAACGUGAGGAGAGAUUGUCUUGUUAUGAUCAACGUGAGGAGAGAUUGUCUCGUUAUGAUCAACGUGACGAGAGAUUGUCUUGUUAUGAUCAACGUGAGGAGAGAUUGUCUCGUUAUGAUCAACGUGAUGAGAGAUUGUCUCGUUAUGAUCAACGUGAUGAGAGAUUGCCUCUUUAUGAUCAACGUGAGGAGAGAUUGCCUCUUUAUGAUCAACGUGAUGAGAGAUUGUCUUGUUAUGAUAAACGUGAGGAGAGACUGUCUCGUUAUGAUCAACGUGAGGAGAGAUUGUCUCAUUAUGAUCAACGUGAGAAGAGAUUGCCUCUUUAUGAUCGACGUAAUGAGAGAUUGCCUCUUUAUGAUCAACGUGAUGAGAGAUUGUCUCGUUAUGAUCAACGUGAGGAGAGAUUGUCUCGUUAUGAUCAACGUGAGGAGAGAUUGCCGCGUUAUGAUCAACAUGAGGAGAGAUUGUCUCGUUAUGAUGGUGCAGCUUUUAGUAGAUCACAGGAAAAACCUUCUACACCACAAAACCUCCAGAAGACCCAACCAUCUAGCCCACCACAACCAGCACCUUCUGAAUCUUUAACACCACAAGUCCAAACUUCCCAGGGAGCAGUUAAACCUGACAGACCCAGUCAAAUAAAAACUGUUCCUCCCAAGUCCAGUAAAGGUGUGCUUAAGCCACCACGUCGACCAGAUGCAGGAGGUAAAUCGGGACGACGCAUUGACCUCAUAGUCAAUUUUCUUCCUUUUAAACUCACUACUGAGGAUAUUCAUCAUUAUCAUUCUGACAUCAAAGAAAAAGGGAAAAAAAGUGAAGAAGGAUUCACAAAGUCAGAUAGACCAAAAAUUCUACAGAAAGCUCAAGAAAUGUAUGACAAAGACAACCCAGAAGGUCCCAAGUGGGUGUAUGAUAAAAAUGGCAAGAAUAUCUAUUGUAGCAAAAAAAUUCCUGGUUUUGAGUCAGGUCGACAAUACACAGUACAGUUUAGGACAGAUAAUGGCAAAGAAAAAACGUUUAUUGUUGAUAUUAAAUGGGUUGCUUAUUGUAGCCUUUAUGAACUAAACGAAGCACUUGAAGGCCGACGUACUGAAAUACCUUAUCAUACUUUACAAGCAAUAGAAGUUGCUAUACAACAAAUGCCAAAAAUGAGAACAAUACAAGUUCGUUCUUCAUUUUUUGACAAUCCAAGUGGUGGUGAAAAAGAUCUUGGAGGAGGUAUACAAGCCUGGAAUGGUACAUUUCUCAGUAUUCGACCAACUCAGUGGAAAAUGAUGUUAAAUGUUGAUUUAAGUUCAACUGGUUUUUACAAAGCUCAACCUGUUAUCGACUUCAUGUGUGAAUUUCUUAAUUUAAGAAACUUACCUAGAUCGUUAGAUGCGAGGCAAAGAAUGAAAUUCGCAAAGGAGAUUAAGGCCAUCAAAGUGGAAACAACUCAUGUGAAAAGAAAGCAAAAGGCAGGUGGUCUCACCGACAGAUCAGCUAGAGAAGAGACAUUUCACUGUGAUGGUCGCAAAGUCACUGUGCUUGAUUAUUUUAAAAACACAUAUAAUAUAAGUUUAAAACACCCAGAUCUUCCAUGUGUGAAAGUUGGUCAAAAAGGAAAUCUCAUUCCAAUGGAACUUUGCCAUGUAGUCAGUGGCCAAAAGAAGCAGGGAAGGCUCACUGGACGGCAAACACAACAGAUGAUUCGUAGCACAACUAUUCCAGCACCAGAUAGAAUGCAAAAAAUUAUGGAAUUGAUUAGAAAACUUCGAUUUGAGCAAGAUCCUUAUUUACAUGACUUUGGUUUCAGCAUAGGUAAUGAACUUAUUGGUAUACAAGGUCGAGUCCUAGAUCCUCCUUCCAUGAUGUUUGGCCCUAUUAAUCGACCGAGCCAAGAGUUGCGUAGAGAUGGUGCAUGGAAGAUUACAAAGAAAAUGCUCGACCCUAAGGAAUUAAGGGAAUGGGCACUGAUUUCUUACAAGAAAAGACAACCAGGUCGUGGAAGAGGUCCAGACCAUUUAGACAACCAAGGUAUGGGUAAUCUUAUCCACUAUUUAAUAGAGGUUGGCCGCGAGAAAGGUGUAAAUGUUGAAGAUCCAUGUCAUGUGUCACUGGAAACUGACUUAAAUGGGACUGACAAGUUGUUUGGUCGCCUGAAAGCUUGGUAUCGCAAGCUGCAGUUGAUAGUUGUUGUCUUACCAGUGGAUGGAGAUGAUUUCUACGAAGAAGUGAAGCAUUGUGGUGAUGUUGUCCAUGGAAUCAUCACACAGUGUAUUAAAGUUGAGAAAGCUAGUAUUGAUUUCUCAGACUGGAGGAAUAGGGAAACGUUGGUUAAUUUGUGGCUUAAAAUGAAUGCCAAACUUGGUGGGACAACGUGUGCUUUGGAUAAGGCCAUGAAAUCUCCAAUUUUGAAACGACCUGUGAUCAUUUUUGGUGCUGACGUGACCCAUCCAGGUGCUGGGAAUAAAUCAAGUCCCUCAAUUGCUGCUGUUGUAGCCAGUAAAGACUCAUACCCAACCCUCUACAAUGCUGAGGUUCGUGUCCAAAAACACAGACAGGAAAUGAUUGAGGAUCUGAAAGAAAUGACAAAGGAAUUGUUGAAAAAGUUUAGACAAUCUACGAAAGCCAUUCCUGAAAAGAUUUUAUUUUAUCGAGAUGGUGUUAGCAGGGGUCAAUUUCAAGAUGUCUUGAUUAAGGAGUUAUCAGCCAUCCAAAGAGCUUGUCUUGAACUUCAACCAGGCUGGACACCUGCCAUAACCUUUAUUGUGGUCCAAAAAAGACAUCAUGCCAAAUUCUUUGCAACAGAUUCUAAAGAUCAAAAAGGCAAAAGUAGAAAUAUUCCAGCAGGUAAACAUGUUUUAAUUUAUGAUCACAACUUCUUGAAGGAAACAAAUGCAAAUUCUUGUGUUUUGUUUUUUAGGUACAGUCGUUGA